GCCAUAUGCAAAUCUUAUCCCUCCACGUCUCUUAAUUAAUUUAUUAUUAACAAGAUCAUUCAGUACUUCGUUCGUGGUUCAACUAAUUAAUCAAGCAAUAUUAACUUCAUUUGCUCGAUAUCAAAAUGAGCGGGGGGAUGACGAGGAAGCCUGGGGACUGGGUGUGCAGGUCGUGCCAGUACGUGAACUUUUGCCGGCGGGACUCGUGCCAGCGAUGCGGCGAGCUGAAGGUUGGAGUACAGCUCGAGCGGGCGGACUACAGCAGCAUUAGCGGCAGCUGGGACGUGAAGCCCGGCGAUUGGUACUGCGCGGCCUGCGGGGUCCACAACUACGCCAGCCGCCCCUCCUGCUUCAAGUGCAGCGCCUCCAAAGACGACUCCGCCUCCGUCAUCGCCAACUCCUGGGGCUUCCGCUGCAACUCCCCCGGCGGCGCCGCCAACUGGUCCUCCUCUUGGAAGUCCGGCGACUGGAUUUGCUCCAGAUUAGGUUGCAACGAGCACAACUACGCGAGCAGGACGGAAUGUUUCCGAUGCAAUGCGCCAAGAUCAGACUGUGGUUCAGGAUACUAAUUAAUGAUUGGCAAUUAAGCAGAGAAGUCGAUAGAUCCAAGUGAGAUGCUCUCCGAAUGGCUCAAUAUAUAUGUAUUGUUCCCCUUUUAAUUUUGUUUCAGCUGGCGCAUGUGGUGUAAUUGUCGUACUUCAAUAUGUAAGGCUCUCUUCUUCGUAUAAUCUAAGGCAUCAGGCAUGCAUGAUAUGACCAGAA